UUUUUCAUUUCUUAUAAAGGCUUAUCUGAGUUUCAUUUCAAAUAUUGUAAAAAUACGUUUUUGUUUUGUCUUGAACUUACUGGAACUUUAGGGAAAUGAGGGAAGAAAGUUGCAGGUCACCCAAAAUAGGUCAUGAAAGGCAGAUUUCAGCCUACUUACUACGUUAUUUUGUUUUAGAGAGCCGACCAGUCCCCAAAUGGUGUGACCUUAGUGCUGUGAUCUGCCACGGUCUUUUGUCUAUAUUCCACUCUACUACUUUAUCUCCCUCCGUUUAUCAAUCCAUACACGUGUAUGGUCAAACUGUCAAGUUGACAUCAAAAUCAUGACGUGAGGCACUUGUUAAUGGUUGCCUAGAAAGGCAUUUUCAGUGGUUCACGGUGAGACGUUUGGUAGGCUGCGACAGAGUUUUGUUUCGAAUGCGGGCACACCCCCCAAAACUCGCCGUUUAACUUUUGUCCCCGCAGCAAGGCCGCGAAGACCAUUUCCGUUGUUCCUCCCAACCCUCCAAGCCCAAGCUGCUUGCAGAAAGACAGGAAGCGCCCACCCCCGAGCCCCUAGGUCCCGCAGCACCUCGGCCGCAGCCAGGCGGCGACGCGCCCUCCCGGUGCAUUAUGGGCGCUGUAGUCUGGCCGGAACCUGCUUGCGACCAGAAGUCCCGUGACUGCCGCCGCUCCUCCGCCGUCUAGCCUGCAGUCCCCCUCCGCGGCCUCAGCUGGGCUUUCCGAGCCCAGGUCGCGGCGUCCCGGAGAAUCAGCUGUUUUUCCCCUGGGCAUAAGAGGCGGAAGCCGAAAGGACGCAGGGAGGGGCUUCGCGCGCUGGGUGAACGCCCGUCCUACGUGCUCGUUCGCUUCGCGACCGCUGUGCGCGAGCCCGGUGUCCCCGCGGCGGGCAGCAGCGGCGGCGUCGGUGGAACUCGGAGGGGGCGGAGGGAGUCCGCGGCGGCGGCGGCUGCAGCAGCGAAAUGGCGGAGACCGUGGCGGACACCCGGCGGCUGAUCACCAAGCCCCAGAACCUUAAUGAUGCCUACGGGCCGCCCAGCAACUUCCUCGAGAUCGAUGUGAGCAACCCGCAGACGGUGGGGGUCGGCCGGGGCCGCUUCACCACCUACGAAAUCAGGGUCAAGACAAAUCUGCCUAUUUUCAAGCUGAAGGAAUCUACUGUUAGAAGAAGAUACAGUGACUUUGAGUGGCUGCGAAGUGAAUUAGAAAGAGAGAGCAAGGUUGUAGUUCCCCCGCUCCCUGGAAAAGCAUUUUUGCGUCAGCUUCCUUUCAGAGGAGAUGAUGGAAUAUUUGAUGAUAAUUUUAUUGAAGAAAGGAAGCAAGGGCUGGAGCAGUUUAUAAACAAGGUCGCUGGUCAUCCUCUGGCACAGAAUGAACGUUGUCUUCACAUGUUUUUACAGGACGAAAUUAUAGAUAAAAGCUAUACUCCAUCUAAAAUAAGACAUGCCUGAAAUUUGGUGAGAAGGGGCAAAAAAAAAAAAAAAACCCUCCUGUGACUAUUAAUGAUUCGUAUGCACCAGUGAAGAAGUUCUAUCUAACUUUUAGCAUGCUGCACAGAAACUGGUAUAACAUGCCUUCAGUAUACUAACAUUCAUAUGCUCAGUUUUGUUUUGUUUUGUUUUGGCAGUUGACAAGAAGUUAAUUUGCUUUAGUGAAAAUCCCUUGUUCCAGCCUUUCUCGCUCUUCCUUGCUGUUUUAAUGUGGUACACGCUAUAACCCCACAAACCUGUUACUCCAGUAUGAUCUGCAGUGUCCUAACUAAAGUUACUGACUUGGUCUUAUCUGCACAGUUUUUGUGUCCUGUUUGCUUCUUGAAUCUGAUUAACUAGAAUAUUUCUCUUACCCCUUUUUAAUAUGUGAUGUCACUUGUCCUAAUUUAUGUGUAGAAGCACUACACCAUUGGUUUCCAGUCCCCCUACGUGUGAGAUACACACUUGUGUGCAGAAAGUAUCUCCCUUCAGGCUUGUAAUACCCUUCACAUGGAAGAUCAAUGAGGGAAAUCUUUAUAUUCUGUAUAAAAACAAAAUCCAAUUUAUAUACUAAAAUCAUUUGUCUAAAAAUUUAAGUUGUUUUCAAAUAAAAAUAAAAAUGCAUUUCUGAUAUGCACUGA